AUGGAAUAUUCUUCCAAAUACAAGCCCAAGCCCUUCACCGACAUCUUCACCCACGACACCGACAUCAACCGGAGCAAAUGCGUCCGCACCGUCCCCAUGAAGGUCCUCAUCCUGGGACUGGGACGCACCGGCACCGCAUCUCUCCGCGCGGCCAUGAAGCAGCUCGGCUACGUCGACACGUACCACAUGAUGAACUGCUCCGUUGAGAACCCCCCCGACGCACUGCUCUGGAUGGACGCCCUCUGCGCCAAGUACGACGGCGCCGGCAAGCCCUUUGCCCGCCGCGACUGGGACAAGCUCCUCGGGAACUGCCAGGCCGUCUGCGACUGGCCAGCCGUCGCGUUUGCCAAGGAGCUCAUCGCGGCGUACCCCGAGGCCAAGGUCGUCCUGACCAACCGCGACGUCGACUCGUGGCACGCCUCGACACUCAAGACGGUGUACCGGCGCGUUACCGACCCCGAGCUCAGGUACCUCUCGUACGUUGACUGGGCGGCCGGCAUGUACUACCCCAUGCUGAACAAGUUCUUUGACACCUUCUUCGAGGGGGACUUUCCCAACCGGGGAAAGGACAUCUUCCGGCGUCACUACCAAGAGGUCCGCAGCCUCGUGCCGGCGGAGCGGCUGCUCGAGUACAAAAUCACGGACGGCUGGGGCCCGCUGUGCAAGUUUCUGGGGGAGCCGGUCCCGGAAUGCGUCGCCUUUCCAAAUGUCAAUGACGGCUCGGACUUUGUCUGCCGGACGCGUCGGCGCAACCGCAACCAGAUGAAGAAUGUGGCGUUUCGGGUGCUGGUGUGGCUGCUGGCGAUUCUUUUUGCUCUCGGGCUGAAACCAAGGCAAAACUACGAGCACCUUGCCUUCACCGAAGAUGCCAUCUGGGACGUCAACAGCUUUGAUCAGUGGGGUGUCGAGCUGGGCAAGGUGUUGGCCGAGAAGAUCUUGAAGGAACUUGAUGAGGCUGGCAAUGGUGGGGGACACGACAGUUCCACCGGUGGUCCUAUUGGAGCCUUCAAGAAGUACUCCAAGAUUUAA